GGAAGCCGGAAGUGGAGGCCUGAGCUGCGCGUGGUGGAGAUGGCGGCCAGCGGGGCCGUGGAGCCUGGGCCCCCGGCGGCUGCUGUCGCCCCCUCACCCGCCCGGGCCCAGGCUCCAGCCCCCGAGCACUUGUUCCGGCCAAUCAGCGCCGAGGACGAGGAGCAGCAGCCCACCGAGAUCGAGUCGCUGUGCAUGAACUGUUACCGCAACGGCACGACGCGCCUCCUCCUCACCAAGAUCCCCUUCUUCAGAGAAAUCAUCGUGAGCUCCUUUUCCUGUGAGCACUGUGGCUGGAGCAACACGGAGAUCCAUUCGGCAGGCAGGAUCCAGGAUCAGGGAGUGCGCUACGCUUUGACCGUCAGGACCCAGGAGGACAUGAACAGAGAAGUGGUGAAAACGGACUCUGCCACCACCAGGAUCCCGGAGCUGGAUUUUGAAAUUCCGGCCUUCAGUCAGAAGGGGGCCCUGACCACUGUCGAGGGAUUGAUCAACCGCGCUAUCGCUGGCCUGGAGCAGGAUCAGCCCACACGGAGGGCAAACGAAGAAGCCGUAGCAGAAAGAAUCGACGAGUUCAUCGUCAAACUGAAAGAGCUAAAGCAAGUGGCCUCUCCUUUCACUCUGAUCAUUGAUGAUCCCUCCGGGAACAGCUUUGUGGAAAACCCACACGCUCCCCAGAAAGAUCAUGCCCUGGUGAUCACACACUAUAACCGGACCGCACAGCAGGAAGAGCUGCUGGGGCUCCAGGCUGAGGCACCAGAACAGGAGCCAGAAGAGGAAGAUCUCAGAAACGAAGUGCUGCAGUUCAACACAAACUGUCCAGAGUGCAAUGCUCCGGCUCAGACCAACAUGAAGCUAGUUCAAAUCCCCCACUUUAAGGAGGUUAUCAUCAUGGCAACCAACUGUGACAGCUGUGGCCAUCGGACCAAUGAGGUGAAAUCUGGAGGCGCCAUAGAACCCUUGGGCACCAGGAUCACCUUCCACAUCACACAACCCUCAGAUUUGACCAGAGACGUGCUCAAGUCUGAGACAUGUAGUGUGGAAAUCCCAGAGCUGGAAUUUGAACUGGGAAUGGCCGUCCUCGGGGGCAAGUUCACCACACUGGAGGGGCUCCUGAAAGACAUCCGGGAACUGGUGACCAAGAACCCCUUCACACUGGGGGACAGUUCCAAUCCUGGCCGGAUGGAGAAGCUGCAGGAGUUUAGCCAGAAGUUAGACCAGAUCCUUGAGGGUAACAUGAAGGCCCACUUGAUUAUGAAUGAUCCAGCAGGAAACAGCUACUUGCAGAAUGUGUAUGCACCCGAAGACGAUCCUGAGAUGAAGGUGGAGCAUUAUAAGCGCACAUUUGACCAAAACGAGGAGCUAGGGCUCAAUGACAUGAAGACAGAGGGCUAUGAGACAGGCCUGGCCCCACAGCGGUAGUACUGGAUGGUUCCCGAGCCAGCCUCCAGUGCUGCUCCGACCGAGGGGUUAUUUAUUAGUAUCGGGAAAGGCUGGGGGUGUCCUCCUCACCAGGCCUUGCCUGUGCCGGCGGGGAGGACACCUGGUGUGAGUCAGAGAUGUGGGCAGUCUGUGAACAGUUUGUGACAGAAGUGCAAGCCAACUGUUGGACCGUAUUUUGGAGGUUGUGAGUGGCCUGGGAAGAAACCCAGAAAUGAACCAUGGGGCAUGUCGUCAAUGCUUUUUUUCCUAUCAGGUCUUUCCCCUCCCUCCACAUAAUAUGCGCGCUGCGGUUGGAGCUCUGAAGAUGGAAGACCGCGGUAUCUGGAGUUUGGGAGUCGGUUGGGGAGUAGAACAUACUGGCUUUCAACGGGAAUAGAGUCUUCUGAGGGGAGGGAGUCAGCACGGGAGAAGUUCUCAUUAAAGUGAUGGCUUUCCAACAGGA